AUUACAAUUGUCACUUUUUUUUCCCCUCUGAGAAUCGUUUCGAGCGCACUUCAAACCACUCACAGUCGCAGCAAAUGGAGCAACACCAGGAUCCGAAAAACCCUAACCAAGCCCUAGACUCAGCCACCCAAAAAAAGCACGCUUCAAUGCUGGAACGCCUCUCCAACCUCCAGCAGACCCGCUUGCAGCAGUCCCUCGCUCGCAAAUCCGACUCCGUCUCCGGCCCUUCUUUUGAAUCCACCCAAUCUUUCCUAACCCGGUUCUCCGACUCCAAACGCUCCAUUGAGUCCCAACUUGCUGGCGCCCGUCUCACCUCCGAUCCCCAACGCCGAUCCGACCUUCAACAGAUCUCCACUUCUAUUGCCGAUCUCGAAAAGCUCGUAGCUGAGAACUCCUACUACUUGCCCUCUUACGAAAUCCGCUCCGCUCUCAAAUCGGUAUCUGAAUUGAAGCAGACUCUUGACAAUUUGAAUUCCGAGUUACUCCCCAAAAAGAAAUUUUCGUUUCGCAAUAAAGGGACAAAGAAAGAACCAAGCAACGCCCCAGAGGAGAAGGAAUUUGGAAAUGCUGAUUUGCAGCCAAAACUAGUAUUUUCGAUCCCCGAUACGCCGGGGUUUAGGAAUAAGGAAGGUGAGCUUUUGGUUAAAGAUUUUAGGGGUUCGGAUAUUGGGGAAUUUACCAUUUCGGAUCUUGAUUCUUGCGAAGUGAGGUUGAGUGGUUGCGUCAGAACCAUUUUUAUCCAUCGCUUGAAGAAUUGUCGUGUUUUUGCUGGUCCAGUUUCUGGGUCCAUUUUGAUUGAGGAGGUUGAAGGGUGCGUUUUUGUGUUGGCGUCACAUCAGAUUCGGAUUCAUUAUGCCAAAGGGAGUGAUUUUUAUCUCAGGGUGCGGAGUAGGCCGAUAAUUGAGGACAGUAAUGGUGUGAGGUUUGCGCCCUAUUGUUUGUGUUAUCAAGGAAUUGAGGAAGAUCUUAAAGAUUCAGGUCUUGAUGAGGAAACGGGAAACUGGGCAAAUGUGGAUGAUUUUCGGUGGUUGAGGGCAGUGCAGUCUCCAAACUGGUCUGCUUUGCCAGAGAACGAAAGGAUUGGUACUGUAAAUAUUUCAAAUUUGGAAACCAGGAGUGAAGAAAGUUAGAGCAUUUUGUAUUGUGGGUUUGAUAAGGCCCAGUGUAUCCAUUCUUUUAAAUGAAAAUUGAGGCAUUCAAAUUUUGAGCAAGUCCAACCAUUUCAGCUUGCCCCAGCAAUGAUCAGAUUCUCUUACGCAAUAUCCUAACAACUCGUCUGAAUGGACCCAUAAUAGAGAACAGAGACAACUUACAAGAUUAUGGUAUUUCCCAAGGAUCAAUCCUUCUGAUGUACUCUGCAACAUAUUUUCCAAACUUGAAUGAAGGAUUAGUCCCAUGUCAUGUGUCAAGUUGGUAAUAGAUUUGGUGGUCUGCAAUUCAGUUGCCAUUUCCAAAGUGACUAAAACCCGGAACACGACCAGUUAGCAAAUGAGAUUUUGUCAGAAUAAUAUCUCUGUUGUUGGGCCAGUGUGAAAAAGCUGGAAGAAUGUCAUUGACGCAUCAGAGUUAUGAUAUAGGACAAGGAGAUGAAGACAGGCAUCAACAAAUGCCAUUGACGCAUUCUCAAGGCAAAAGCUGGAAGAAUGUCUUUGGGUUUUGAAAGAUUGUGUUGGAAAUUCAGAGAGUUUGCUGCACCAACUUCUCCUCUAACCAGCUCCCUCAAUGGUCAAAUGGGGGUCACAUCUCUUCAUGUCUCUAUCUUACCCCAAGUUUUGAUUGCUCAUUGAAAACCAAAACAUUUUGACAGUAAUUAUUAGUUUUGAAAGGGAGUAAUCCUCAGAACUUCCAUUUCGGUUCAAACAAAGGAUCUUGGCACACCUUGCGCCUAUUGGAAGGUGUAUGUAUAUCACUUAUUACCGUAAUACAAUUAAGUUUUCUUCCUCAGAGAUGGAUGGCUCAUAUUUCCCCAAAGAAGAAAAAUAUCAAUCUUCUCGACCCAAUUCUUACAACCCACAAGCCAGGACGGAAAUAUUAAGUUAGGAACCACACAAGGACCACAUUACAUAAGAGAUGAGAUUGGUUGGGGCGUGAAAUCACUGUCUACACACGAGGAAAGAGACUCAUGAUUACUUUUAAUAUUACUCCCACGAGAUCCACCUCAUGAGACCCUUCAAUUUAUUAAGGCAAGUUUGCAUAUGAGUA